UAGUCAUACAUAUAUAAAAAAGGCUGUGCAACGAUACCAUCAAUCGUAGUUAGGCGUUUGAGAAUCCCGGUACUGGACUUCUAUUCUGUAUCUACUACCGAUAAUUGUCGAUAUCAUUACCCGAUUUUAUAUUAACCAAUGACAAAUUCGAUGUCGUUGUAUUGUCGUUUUCUAUACAUUAGCACAGCAUUUUUUAAUACGUAAAAUAUCUAACGAUGAUGUAAUACAACGCGAUACUAACUGCACUCGUUAAAAGUUAUAAAAGUUACAGAAUCGGGAUACUGCAGAUACGCUGCUUGGCCAGGAAAGCGGAAGUCGAAGGAGACGAUUUCGAAAUUGCGAUUGGUUAAUGUAUCGACAACGUCGCCCACGUCGGCCAAUCGUGUCGCUACAAGACGCAUCUUCCCGUCUUCCCGAGCCGCCGGCUCCUCUUCGUCAAAGGCUCUCUCGCCAAGGCUCUCGAUUAAUUUUGACCAGAGUCGUCGUAUCUCGGAGGGCGGAAUUUCCUUUCGUAAUGUCCGGUGCUUGAAUUCGACGAUAUCUUCAUGUUGUGCGGAACGAAAUCGUAUGAGCGUAUUGAGUAAAACAAAAUAAAAAAGUAUCUUUCCCUUGAAUUACUCUGUGGAUAGAGUAUAUCAAAGACAAAAAAUAUUUAGCAGUAUCUAACAGUAUAAAGAGAUAUAAGAAGCAGUAUAUUGAAUAGUAAUGUCGACUAGAGGGAUGUCGAAACGGGUGCAGGAGCCAGUUGAUCAAUGGCUGGCAAAGGAAGGGUACUUCAGGAAAGCUACUGCCAGGGAUCCAACCUGCUUAUUCAGAGCAAUCAGCGAACAAGUGUAUCAUACGCAACAUUAUCACCUACGAGUGAGAAAAGAAUGCACGGAAUUUAUGAAGAAAAAGAGACACUUGUUCAUGGAUUCUGUAUCGAUGUCAUUUGAUUACUAUCUUAAAGAAAUGCAAUGUUUCACGGAGUGGGGAGGCGUAAACGAAAUUCGUGCCAUGUCCUUGCUGUACAAGAGAGAUGUAAUCGUGUUCAUCGGAGAGAAACAGAUAUGCGAGAACGUUACCAAUAACGGCUUUAAAAAAGCCGUUAUAUUGCUUUGUCACACAGAGGGGAAGCAAUAUGAGCCUGUUUACCCGAUGGCUUUUGUACAAUCAGCUGCAUACUGCCAAUCUAUUGUCUAUGAAGUUGUAUAUAGGUAUAUGUAUCAAAUACCUAACAUAAAGACUAUUGCGGAUAGAAUGCUGCAUAAUCGAACUCCCUCACUUAGACACGACAGAUUUUUUCAGAAGGGAAAUCUUGACAUUAGGGAACAAUUGAUUGAAGAUUUAUACAAAAAAGUAAAAAAUGAUAAUGAUGAUAUGGACGAAACGCAAACCGACUGGAAGGAAACACCACCUAUUCCUUAUAAAGUUGCAAAAGCGCUGGCUCCUGAUCUAUAUCGUAAUAUAGAGUUAGAUAUAUGGCACGAAUUGAAACGAGAGGUAAAAUCUGCAGGCUGGAACAGGUAUAACAGUAAUGAGCUGCAAGUCGGCGGCAAAUGUCUUAUAGAGAUUAGCGUAAACGAUCUAGAACAUUGUGACGGAAAUAACAAUAAGAAUUUGCGCGUUAAUCUGUCGGAAUGUGGUACCAGUGAUACUGAUAAUAAAAUUGAGCAACAAAAAUUGAAGCAAGGGCCCCUUUGGCUGCAAGGUUAUAUACAGGAAAUGAAUACAGAGAAGGAGCCAGUUUUAGUUUUUAUCAAAGACCUGGGAGAGAAAAAAUUUGUUCCAUAUGAUGCUCUGAAGCCAUUACCUUUAGUAAGAAGAAAUAGGCAAAAAACUUGGGUGCCGAUCAAUAGAAACCACUCAGUUACUCCGGAUUCAAAUCGACGUUGGAAAAAACCAUAUAAUAAUUCCUUCUCACGAAAAAGAAGGGAUACCAUAACUACGACAAAUGAAACCUCAAAUAAUACAAACAAAAAUGUAUUAAUAAAUAGUGAUGGUCAUAAUAAUAAUAAUAAUAUUGAUAAUACUAAUAUCAAUAAAGUUGAUAAAACUGGGUGUGACGAACAUCAACAAACCUACGACAAACCUCAUAAAAUAGAUCAAAGCCAAACAUUAGAAAAUCAUUCUAAAGAAGAUUCUUCUAAUUAUGCGACAAAUGAAGAGGCUAACAGCGUACCUGUGACAACUAUACUUGACAAUUCACAAUCUACGAUGUCAAGCAACGUAACACGGGAAAUAACGGAAGGACGCAAAAAACCCCAUGCAGUAUUUAGAAGGAUGAACAAUACUGUAAGAAAUAAGACUGAAAAAUUCAAUUAUUUUGGUAAUUCACAAGCAAACAUGUAUGGCAAUUCAAAUAUAUCUUACGUUGCCCCAGAUAACGCCAGUGCCUAUUCCUAUCAUCCAUACAUGUCAGGAAAUUUGUCGAUAAAUGGGGAACACAAUCCCAACCAAAUUGAUCAUUCAUUUACACCGAAUAUCUUUUAUAAUUUACAUUUGCUACUGGAGGAGCGUUCUAUAAAUCCAACUUAUUACGGACCGAUAAUGUAUGGACCGAAUCAUCAAGGCACGCAGUCUUUGGGCGCACCAUCAAAUGCUCAUGUUCCGUGUAUGAGUAAAGAGGAAAUAGAUCAUCUUGUUAACGAUAUGCAAAAGUGUUCGUUAACGUACAACGAAGGAGCAAAUGUCAGUGCUGAGCUUUCCAAUGCUUUCCAUUUGAACAUGAAUUGUGUGCAAAAUGGAAAGCAAUCAAAAAAUUCGAGCGGGAAAGACUCCUUGUAUCAAAUUCAGCAGAAGGGAAAGCAAACCGGAACUGUUAAAGGCAAUAAGAUACGAAACCGCCAACAAAACGCUCGUGGAUCGGCGUAUAUGCAGCAAUACUCGGGUCAUCAGUACGACGCGGCGAUGUCGAAUGGUUCUAUGAAUCCGUAUGACGCGCGAAGGCACGACAUGCACGUGCUACAGUCGCAGCAGCAUCACUGGGAUCCGAUGUCGCAUCAGAUAGCACCUAUGAUAACACCUGGCCCGGCAAACGGAUAUACACCGCCGCAAUAUACAACGUCGAGCCCGAUAUUCCCAUAUCAUGAGCUUUCAUCACACUACACUAACGAAGGCAACUCCGGAAAUACCUCGUAUUACUUGGGAAACGGUGGUUACAUAUCUGUACCGUACUUAUCGCCUCAGCACGUCGACGCGGCUGAGAACGGAGGUGUACCCGCUCCAUCGUACCCGCAGCAUUUUUAUUCGAUGACCGAGGCUUACCCGCCUGCGGGCCACUCUUCAACAAAUGGCCAGCCGAUGAUGUACUCGCAACCGAUGAUGUAUCCACAGUCGAUGCAAUAUCACACUGUACCACCGCCGUCGCCGCACAUGCAGGAACAAUGGAGCCCGACGUUGGGGCCGCAGCCCUAUGUUUCCCAAUGUAUAGCUCCAACUCCAGGUCCGGCUCCGAUAGAACCGUCCCUUAACGGACAAUGUACCAUUCCGAAAGGUUCACUUUAGAUUACACUUACUUUGAAGACUGACAAUUUAUAAAAUUUAAUCUCUAAUAAUAACAAUUAAAAAUAGUAUCAAUAGUUAACGACGUUUUAUUCGUCAAAAGUAAGAUUCUGACGACUGAAGAUAAUUAUAAAAUAUAAGUGAGGUUUGAUAUAAUUGUUAAAGCUUUAUUAAUUCUUAAAUAGGACCUAUUUGAUAAUCCCAAUUGAUAUACCAAUUAAGCACCAUGAGUGUUUGAAUAACGAUGGAUUAAAAAUAACAGUGAUCAUCACUGUUAUUUUCAAUCCAUUAUUAAAAAAGUAACAGUGAUGAUCACUAUUAUUUUUAAUUUAUCGUUAUUCAAACACUCAUGGUGCUUAAUUGGUAUAUUAAUUGGGAUUAUCAAUAGGUCUAUUUAAGAUUUAACAAAGUCUUAACAAUUAUAUCAAACCUCGCUUAUAAUUACCCUUCAAUCUUCAGAAUUUUACUUUUGACGAAUAAAAUGUCGUUAACUAUUGACACUAUUUUUAUAUUUUGUUAUAAUUAUGGAGAUUCGAUUUUAUAAUUACUUUCAAACUUAAUCAUAUUCAAAAAGUAUUUGGCUUUCACCUAUUUAGAGAGUAUAUAUAGCAUAAGUUAAUAUAUAUAGUAUACAAUAUGAUAUAAGAUUAGUAUAGUACAAGAUCUUGUAAUCCGUUAAUAGUAUUAGAUAUACUAAAGUUGGUUAACGUAUACACAAUUUUUACUUAACAUUAACCUUUAUACAACUUUUGCUAAACAUUUUGUGAAUAAAUAAUGCAGAAAGAUUAAUCGAUAUCUAUUUUGUUUCUUCUCAAUUUCUUUUAAAUUGGAUAAAUAUUUUUUUCUUUACUAGUAUUCUGUAACAUCGGCCUUUAUUUUUUGCUUGUAUUUGAAAUAGAAUAAAAAAAAAAUUUUUUU